AUGACCAUGCCGUCUCAAUCCUCCCAAUCCUCCCAACAUCAAGGCCACCAUCACCUGCAACAAGGUCGAACGAGCCUCGAUCGCGAUGGAAACGCCCUGCACCUUCCCAACGGCGGUGCCGCACGCAACGUCACCGCCUCGUCGAGCUCCUUCACCCCCAGGGGCAGCAGCCUCAACCCCAUCGUUGGUCCCGGCAGCUUCAGCUCGGAGCUGCGGAGCCAGAUGCUGUCGGGCCGCACGGCAAGUCGUGCUGACGUAGGCUCCGUCUACCCCAGCAGCGUCGCGGACAAGUUUGAAUCGGAGGAUACGAAUGCCGCCGCCGAGCAGGCACUCUCCGUCCUCAAGGACAGACUGAACCGGGAGCUCAAGAUCAAGGAAGGUAGUGAGAACAUGCUCGAGGCGCUGAACAUUAAGAAAGCGAAGCAGACCAAAGAGCAGCGGCAGAGAGUCGAGGCCGAGCUCAGCGCCAGCAAUUCGAGGAUCAAGGAGCUGCGACAGAAAAUAGCAGACGCCCAACGGCCGCGGCCGGUACUGCCGACGACGCCGACGAGGAAUCGGACGCAGCAGGAGAGCACCUUCCACGCUUUGAGCCUGCGCUCGCCACCGAGCAUCGCAAGAUCGGCCCUUGGCUCCGAUGUCGAGGAGUUGCUUGAGAGCCCGACCUUUACCGUGGCGGAGCUUCUCCAGGCGCUCGAAGUCGAGGGCAUGGCACCGGAGCAUUAUGUCAGCCGUGCCAAUCAGCUGGUCGAUCUUUUCAAGCGGCACCCGACCAUCAAGUAUGAUCUCGUCUGGUCCGUCUUCGGCCUGAGGAUGCAGAUGAUGCUCCUGAGCGAAAGCCGCGAGGUCGCCGCCGCCGGCUACCGGGCAACCCGCUACGCCAUCACGGAUGUGGCUUCCCUUCAAAAAAUUCGUAGCCUCAACACGGAUUAUCUGGUCAUACGGUCGUUGAACAACUAUCGGAAAGCCGACGUCGAGCGAGAGCAAUCUCUCAAGUUUGUGCGAGCCUUUCUCGACGUCAAGGGCGGAGUCAAGGAAAUCUCACGAGCCGUCGUGCGCACCCUCGUCGCCGUUGCGGAACAAGGAGAGGAACGUCGGCCUGGCGUCCAGGCUGCCGACCAGAACAUCGACCGGUUACGGCCCAUCUGUAUCGAGACCUUGGCCGAGAUCAUGGUGCGGGAUCCGGCCCUCCUUGUGGCCUCUGGUGGCCUCGGACCGCUCUCCGAGGCCUUGUCGGAGGGGACCUACAAGGCCCCGGAGAGUCUCAUGGCCGCUUUCCUUUUUCUUUUCGACACGCCACAGCGACGAAAGUACAUCCACCCGGGAUACGGCCUGGAUACCGUCUUCACCGCCUUCACAGACCAGCUGGCCGCCACGGAGAGCAUCCUGAAGCAGAGUUCCCGGGCUGUCUCCGCGGCCAUGAGAUCAUGGUCUGGCCUGAUGUCUCUCUGCAUGUACGACUUCCGACCGAUCAGGUCGCUCAUCUCGAGCCUGCUCUUUCCGAAUCCUGCCAUCCGGGAGACCGUCCUGGACCUCCUUUUCUCCCUGCUGCGCAUCAAACCCCCCGCGUGGGCCACGUCGUUUCUGGCCGGCCGGAGACUGACAACCUACGGAAGGGUCGCCAACAUGAAGACUGCCAGCCUUCGGGAGCAGAGCGCGAUGCUGCACCUCGAAGAGGACAACAGCGAGCAGAACUUUGUCGAUCAUUAUACCGCCCUGCUCCUCGCAACCUUUAUCAAGACUGGCCUGCUGCAGAGCUUGUUGCUGAUUGCCCAGUCCGAGGAGGACCCGAUGCUGAAGCGCAAGACCACGCUGCUGAUCGGGGAAGUUCUCAAGCUGGCCAGUCGCCUUCUUCCUCCCUCGUGGAGCGCCGAGCUUCAGCUUCUGCCCGAUCUUUUCUCGGCGGCGACCGAGUUCGGGAACGAAACUCAUUUUGUCGCCUCGGGCAUCGUCUACCAGAUCAGCAGUGUCAGCAGAACGCUUUACAAGAGCGCGCCGUCCGAAUCCAUGGCCGACGCGCUGCCCUCGAGCGACAGCAUGCAGAACAUGGGCGUGACGGAGGAUCACCCCAAAGCCAACGCCGCCAUCGUGUUCGACGAUGCGACAUUUCGCCAGUUCGUCAUCGACACGGGCGUCUUGAAUAGCUCCAAUUACCUAAAGUGGAACUGGGACGUCAUCAUGAAGGUCAUCGAAGGGCCGCUGCAAAUCGGAAAACGGCUGGACGAAGCGGUCAAAGCGUCCAAGUUCAUGAAGAGGAUCAUGAGCUUCUACCGGCCCUUCAAGUACAAGUUUGCGGAUAUCAAGAACACGAGGAACACGCAGAAAUAUGUCAAGGCAGGGUGCGCGCUGGUGCAUUCCCUGCUGAUGACACCCGAAGGCGUCAAGUUCCUUGCCGACAGCAAGCUGCUGAGACAGAUCGCCGAGUGUCUGGCUCAAUGUGACCCGACGAGCGGCCUUACCGCCCAGUACCCAAUGUUCGCGAGAGAUCGUCUCACGGACACGCUGUGUUGCGGCUAUUUCUCCAUGCUCGGCGUCCUCAGCACAGAUCCCAAGGGACUUCUCCUGCUGGAGCGUUGGAGGAUGUUCAACAUGAUGUACCACAUCGUCGACCUGAAACAACGACCGGAUCUCAUCAAGAUGCUGCUGUCCAACUUUGACUACAGUCUCCAGGGUCAUCCCCGGGUCCUGCUGUCCAAGGCCCUGACGGCGGGCACAAAGGACAUCCGCAUACACGCGACGAACACGCUUCGCAAAUGCACCAUGCGGCCGGUGUCCUCGUUGAAGGAGCACAACAGCGCCAGCGAUUCCAAGUGGGCGAUUCAGCUCCUCGUCACGCAAUUGUACGACCCCGAGAUCGAGGUGUGCUCGACGGCCGUCAAGAUCCUGGAGAACGCGUGCAACAGGAAGACGUAUCUGGAAUACAUCGUUGAAUGCCGGCCGGCCUUGGACCACCUAGGCGAAAUUGGAGCGCCUCUACUUCUGCGAUUCCUGUCCACGUCGAUUGGAUACCACUACCUGGACGGGUUGGAUUACAUCAGCAACGAGAUGGACGAUUGGUUCCUCGGGCGCAACGAUUCCUACGUGAGCGUCAUCGAAGCCAGCUUGGCUAGGGCGUUCCUCGCCGAGACGGACGAUCACGGCCAUCGCAUGAGCUUGUUCGACGAAGCCUCGGUGGACGCCGACUUUCACGACAGCCACGUGCCACCACACUUUUACAGAGAGCUGACUCGCACUCGCGAGGGCUGCAGGCUCCUGAGCGACAAGGGACACUUUGAGGAGUUCGUGUCGACCAUUCGCGAUCAGGGCAUGCAGACGGACGACGGCGAGAUCCUGACCAAGGUCAAGGGUUGUCUGUGGGCCGUCGGAAACGUUGGCUCCAUGGAGCUCGGCGCGCCCUUCCUGGAGGCGAGCGACGUUGUUGAAAGGAUCAUUCGAAUUGCGGAAUCGCACGAGGUGAUGAGCAUGCGCGGCACCGCAUUCUUCGUUCUCGGGCUCAUCUCGCGCUCCUCACACGGAUUGGAGAUGGUCUCCGAGCACGGCUGGGAUGCGAACACGACGUCGACGGGCACCUCGUUGGGCUUUUGCAUCCCCAACGACCUCGGCCGGCUGUUCUCGCUGAAGCCGUGGAGGCACGUCAACGGAGGGUCGAUCAAGCUGCACGACACCCAGUGCACCAUCCAGAAGCAGCCUCGCGCUCGACAGGCGCGGCCGCCGCUCGAGUCAUCGGAUCUGCCGCCCCUCCUCAGCGACCGCGACGUCAACGCGAGGAUCCUGGAGCUCAUUGUCGACCUCGGCAACAUGGUCUUGUACAAGAAGGCGCUCGGCGAGCUGCAGAAGCUGAAGCAGCGCAAACCCAACGCAUUCCGAAGCACCGACUUUUUCAAGCAAGUCAUGGGCCUCAUGGAGUGGAACCACUACAGGCUCGGCGUGCGUAGGCUGGUGAUCGAUCUAUUUGAGAAGAACGUGAUGCGACGGAUCGUCUUUGGCGAGGAUGAGAGCGACGGCGGCGACGACGAGAGCAGCCAGACUGGCGAGAACAGCGGCGACGAUAGGACAGAGAGGCAGAGGAGCGUCAGCGAGCCGGUGGAGAUGACUUUGGAACUGGCGCCAGCUCCGCUCCAAGUGCGACGCGAACAGGCUCGAGCCGGCCAAGGAUGCCGCCCAAUGACGGACGAUGCGACGAGGGCGGAGGGCAGCGUCCCAAUCGGCCCAAACAAUCGCAAUUAG